AUGCAUUUCAUUACUCCCCUGGCGCUCUUGGCUACUUUCCAUGGUGUUUCUGCCACUCUGCUAGAUGUCCCUCGCAGCGCCCCAGGGUUGAACGUUACCCUUACUAAGGUGGGAAACACCCAAAUCAAAGCCGUGGUGGAAAAUGCCGGAAGCGAGAACGUUACCUUUGUGCAUCUCAACUUCUUCAAGGAUUCCGCCCCCGUGAAGAAGGUGUCUCUAUUCCGGGGUGAUAGCGAGGUGGAAUUCCACGGAAUCAAGUAUCGAGUGAAGAGCCAAAACCUCACUGAGAGCGCUCUGACCUCCCUUGCUCCUGGGGCUACCAUUGAAGAUGUCAUUGAUAUAGCGUCUACCAGCGAUCUGUCCGAGGGUGGUCCUAUUACCAUCCGAGCAUCUGGUCAGGUGCCAAUUGUCACCGGGGACAGAAUUACCGGCUCUGUCCCCUUCUCCUCUAACGAGCUCACCAUUGAAGUUAAUGGAACUGAGGCCGCAACUGUUUCCAAGGCUGUCAAGACCCUGGACCGCCGUACAAAGUUGAGCAGCUGCUCUGGCAGCGAGGGCUCCGCGUUGCAGACUGCUCUCAAGAACACUGUCUCCCUCGCCAAUGCUGCGGCAAAGGCUGCUCUGGAUGGAGACAAGCGCUUCGUUACAUUCUUCAAAACGGACUCUAGCUCAGUCCGCAGUGAUGUCGCUGCUCGCCUGCAGGCUGUUGCUAAAGAGGCCGGCUCCACCUCCUCGGGCUCCACGACCUAUCACUGCACCGAUGUGUACGGAUACUGCGAGACCAAUGUGCUGGCCUACACUCUGCCUUCAUCUAAUACCAUCGCCAACUGCGCCAUUUACUAUAGCAUUUUACCCGCUCUCGCUAAAACCUGUUAUGACCAGGACCAGGCCACGACGACCCUGCACGAGUUUACCCAUGCCCCUGGAGUGUACCGCCCUGGCACUGAUGAUCUUGGAUACGGUUACAAUGCCGCCACUGCUUUGAACUCUGCUGAUGCACUUAACAAUGCCGAUUCGUAUGCCUUAUUUGCCAACUCUGUUUACCUUAGCUGCUAA